CUUAUUUUGCUAUAAGAACAUUCGGGUUUUAAAAUUAGAAUGGGCGAGAAGGAAGCAAUAACUUGCAAGUUUGUGAGGCAUUAAUCUUCUUUCAAUUAGGCGCAAAAGGAAAAGAAACAAAAGCCCUGUACAUCGUUUUUGAGGCAUUUUGGAAACACUGGUCUCCAAUGCGUUCUCUUUCACUCCUCUUCUCAGCCAAGCCACGCGACAACUUCUUGAGCUUUCUUCGUUCGCACGGAUUCCUCACUAUUUUCGACUAGUCCAAGCUUCCCCAGUUGAGUCUAUGGCAGAGAUGAAGUCGAAAUUAUGCUUCCACUAUUAGUUAUCAAGUUGAAUAGGUUUUGCUGCAUGCAUAGGGGUUGGAGGCACUUUGUGAUAUUGUGAAUUGUUGGAGAGGGGACUGGGAGUAGAUUCUUGGUCCCUGGCAGAUGAGUCAAAAUUACAUGUUGUUAUGUAAGGGAAGACAAUGAGUGCGAAACUCCAUUGCUCAUUUCUUGGGGUUCCACUCCAUAGCUCUUUGAAUGGAAGAAACGUUGGAAAUUUUAUUUAUUUGGAAAGAGGGCAGCUUUGGAAAAGGCCUUGUCGCCGGUAUACAUGUGCAAAGCAGGAUCACUGGAUAACUCAAGUGAUUAGGUUUUCACAUUUUUGUGGACAGAAUGUAGAGUUAUUAAGGCGAAGUUUAGGGUCAAAAUAUGGAAUGAAGGUAAAAUGUGUUGAAGAACGUUUUUCCCGUAGCAAAGCUUUGGUGAGGUCUUUGUCUCCUCUUUGGAAAGAGGGGUUGCUUUUGAUUAGGUGCUCUGUGUUUACAGCUGUCAUAUCUGGGGUAUGUUUGUUGGUAUGGUAUGGACAGAUAAAAGCCAAGGGCUUUGUUGAAGCCAGGAUUUUGCCAUCUGUUUGUUCAGUACUAAGUGAAUAUAUUCAACGUGAACUUGAUUUUGGUAAGGUAAGAAGGAUAUCACCUUUAAGCAUUACAUUGGAAUCAUGUUCAAUUGGGCCGCAUAAUGAGGAAUUUUCUUGUGGUGAGGUGCCCACCAUGAAAAUUCGUGUACAUCCUUUUGCUAGUUUGAGGAGGGGAAAAAUUGUGGUUGAUGCAGUUUUAUCCCAUCCAAGUAUGUUGGUCAUGCAGAAGAAGAAUUUUACUUGGUUAGGCUUGCCCACAUCUGAAGGUAGUUUGCAAAGGCACUUUUCAGCGGAAGAAGGAAUUGAUUAUCGUACGAAAACCAGAAGGAUUGCUAGAGAGGAAACAGCUGCACAAUGGGAAAGAAAACGGGAUGAAGAAGCGAAGAAAGCUGCAGAGAUGGGUUACAUUGUUUCCGACAAGGGUUCUAGUCUAUCUACAGGUGAGAUUUUGAAAGAAGGCAAUAUUAAUUUUGCAGAAUUAUCAAACCAAUAUUCUUUUUUAUGCAUGGAUGAGAAAAUGCACUGGAGAGAUCAUAAGUGCAUGGACACUGGUGUGGAUUAUGAAAUGGAACAUGCGGAUUUAGAGAAAUCAUUUGGUGUAAAAAUUCCUGGUUCAGGGCUUAAAUUUUGGUCUAGAGUGAUAAAGGGGCCUAGAAAGCACAAAUUCAAAAGGAAGGCUAAGGAGAGUGAUAUCUCUGCAUCUGGUGUUACUGCCAAAAGAAGAAUUCUUGAGCGUAGUGCAUUAGCAGCAUUCAAUUAUUUUCAGGGACUAUCACAUGGGAGUUCUGGUGAGCCUUCACAGGCAUCUGCAGCUUAUGAUGUAGGGAACUUUGAAACUUUUUUCGUGGAAAGUGAGAUUGGUACUAAUGCUAACACUUCUCUCUCAGAUAUUGGUGAUGAAAUCUUAAGAGAUGGCAAUCAGGAUGGAAAAUCCCCUAAAUAUUCUGGAAACCAGACUCUUAAUGUUCAUGGAAAUGUCAAAAGUCAUUUCAGUAGUUUCACUGAUAUGCAAGAUCCAGCUUUUAACACUUUAGAUAGGCGCGGUAGAGAUGAGAAAAUGGGUGAAAAAUUUUCAUCCACUGCAAAUGUUAGAGAAGCUAAUGGCAAAAAUGCAGAUGAACUUGAUGUUAAAAAUAGACAUAGUGAUGACAGUCAAGGAGAUAAUACAUCAUCGGAUUCAACUCCCCAGCAGCUUGAAACUUGGCUUUCUAAAUGCCACCCAUUUCUCAUGUGGCCUCUAAGCCUGAAAUCAGGUUUACCCUCCUUUUCUACAAAUAUGGGUGAGCAAUUACAUAGUCUUCUCUGUGGUUCAUUUCAAAAGCUGACAUCAGGCGUGGGUCCUGGAGUUGACGAAAUUGUUGCUGAACUUGCUGAUGGAGUGGAUAUAGUGCAGGCUGAAGGGAUUGAGAAGAUGAUUCCAGUUAUGCUAGAUUCUGUUCAUUUCAAAGGUGGAACGCUAAUGCUACUUGGAUAUGGUGACAGGGAACCUAGAGAGAUGGAUAAUGUCAAUGGACAUGUCAAGUUUCAAAAUCAUUAUGGCCGUGUUCAUGUACAACUGAGUGGCAACUGUAAGAUGUGGAGAUCUGAUGUUACGUCUGAGGAUGGUGGCUGGUUGUCUGCAGAUGUUUUUGUUGACAAUGUUGAACAGAAAUGGCAUGCCAACUUAAAAAUUGCCAACUUAUUUGCUCCGCUUUUUGAAAGGAUUUUAGAAAUUCCAAUAAUGUGGUCCAAAGGCAGAGCUAGUGGGGAGGUUCACUUGUGCAUGUCAAGAGGAGAAACAUUUCCUAAUCUUCAUGGACAGCUUGAUGUAACAGGCUUGGCCUUUAAGAUACUUGAUGCUCCGUCAUGGUUUUCUGACAUUUCCGCAAGUUUAUGUUUCCGUGGUCAACGUAUAUUCUUACAUAAUACAAGUGGAUGCUUUGGAGAUGUUCCUUUAGAGGCUUCUGGAGAUUUUGGCAUUAAUCCCGAGGAAGGAGAGUUUCAUCUUAUGUGUCAGGUUCCUUGCGUUGAAGUAAAUGCUCUGAUGAACACUUUCAAGAUGAAACCUCUCUUGUUUCCGAUUGCUGGUUCAGUGACCGCUGUAUUUAAUUGUCAAGGACCAUUGGAUGCUCCUAUAUUUGUAGGAAGUGGAAUGGUUUCUAGAAAAAUGACUUAUUCAGUUUCUGAUUUUCCUUCAUCCUCUGCAUCUGAGGCUGUUAUGAAAAGUAAGGAGGCUGGUGCAGUGGCAGCGUUUGAUCGAGUUCCGUUUUCAUAUUUAUCAGCGAACUUCACUUUCAAUACUGAUAACUGUGUUGCUGACUUGUAUGGAAUUCGAGCUAGCCUCGUGGAUGGUGGUGAAAUUCGAGGGGCAGGGAAUGCAUGGAUUUGCCCAGAGGGUGAGGAGGAUGAUACAGCAAUGGAUGUGAACUUCUCUGGAAGUUUGUGCUUUGAUAAAAUCAUGCAUCGAUAUAUACCUGGAUAUCUUCAACUAAUGCCACUCAAGUUAGGGGAGUUAAGUGGGGAAACUAAACUUUCUGGUUCCCUAUUUAGACCGAGGUUUGACAUAAAAUGGAUUGCACCAAAGGCUGAAGGGUCAUUCAGUGAUGCUCGAGGAGAUAUCAUAAUCUCACAUGACUCAAUUACUGUGAAUUCCUCAUCAGUUGCAUUUGAGCUGUGCACAAAAGUUUACACAUCUUAUUCUGAUGAAUACUGGCUAAACAGAAAAGAUUUUAGUGCAAAAGCCUCCAUCCCAUUUGAUGUAGAGGGAAUUGAGUUGGAUUUGCGUAUGCGAGGUUUUGAAUUCUUUAGCAUGGUCUCUUCUUAUCUUUUUGAUUCUCCAAAACCUAUGCAUUUGAAAGCAACGGGAAAAAUUAAGUUUCAAGGAACAGUUUCAAAGCCUUGUAUAACCAGUGAGCAAGAUUUUAUUUUUGAGAAGAAUGAGCAACAUGUGAAAAUGACAGAUGAAGGAAAAACAGGCUGUCUUGUUGGGGACAUUUCGAUCUCAGGUCUCAAGUUGAAUCAGUUAAUGUUGGCACCUCAAUUGGCUGGACUCUUGAGCAUCUCAAAGGACUGCAUCAAGUUGGAUGCCACAGGUAGGCCAGAUGAAAGUCUUGCAAUGGAAUUUAUAGGGCCAUUAAGGUCGAAGGCUGAACAUAAUUUGCAAAAUGGAAAGUUAUUAUCUUUUUCUCUUCAGAAGGGGCAACUAAAAGCUAACAUUUACUUUCAACCUUUUCAUUCUGCUAACUUGGAGGUGCGCCAUUUUCCGCUUGAUGAAUUGGAAUUGGCAUCUCUCAGGGGGACCAUACAAAAGGCAGAAUUGCAACUUAAUCUUCAGAAAAGAAGGGGGCAUGGACAGUUAUCUAUUCUUCGACCGAAAUUUAGUGGUGUUCUUGGUGAAGCCUUAGAUGUUGCCGCUAGAUGGAGUGGGGAUGUUAUUACUGUUGAAAAAACUGUUUUGGAGCAAAGCAAUAGUCGAUAUGAGCUUCAAGGAGAAUAUGUAUUACCUGGUACCCGAGACCGAAAUCCUGCUAGCAAGGAGAGGGGUGGCUUUAUUAAAAGGGCAAUGGAUGGGCAUCUAGGUAGUGUCAUAUCCUCCAUGGGCAGGUGGAGAAUGAGACUUGAAGUUCCCAGAGCUGAGGUUGCUGAGAUGCUUCCCCUUGCUAGACUUAUUUCUCGAAGUACAGAUCCUUCUGUUCAUACCAGAUCAAAGGACCUCUUUAUUCAAAGUGUGCAGUCGGUGGGAUUAUAUACUGAAAAUGUUCAAGACUUGCUUGAGAUUAUACAUGGGCAUUUUACUUCAUCAAAUGAGGUUAUUCUAGAAGAUGUAAGUCUUCCAGGUUUAGCAGAACUUAAAGGUCGUUGGCAUGGCUCUCUUGAUGCAAGUGGCGGCGGCAAUGGGGAUACAAUGGCUGACUUUGACUUUCAUGGUGAGGACUGGGAAUGGGGAACCUACAAAACUCAGCGUGUUCUGGCAGUUGGUGCAUAUAGCAAUGAUGAUGGUUUGCGUCUUGAGAAAAUUUUUAUUCAGAAGGAUAAUGCCACAAUCCAUGCGGAUGGGACUUUGUUAGGGCCUAAACCGAAUCUUCAUUUUGCUGUUCUAAAUUUUCCUGUUAGUCUAGUUCCGACUGUAGUACAGAUCAUUGAAUCUUCAGCUACUGAUGUUGUUCAAUCUUUGCGGCAAUUUUUAGCUCCAAUCAGGGGCAUAUUGCACAUGGAAGGUGAUCUUAGAGGAAGCCUUGCAAAACCAGAAUGUGAUGUGCAAGUAAGGCUCCUAGAUGGUGCUGUUGGGGGCAUUGAUCUUGGACGAGCUGAAAUUGUUGCAUCCCUGACCUCAACCAGACGUUUUCUGUUUAAUGCAAAAUUUGAACCAAUCAUCCAGAAUGGUCAUGUCCAUAUUCAAGGUAGUGUACCUGUUGCUUUGGUCCAAAAUAGCAUGUUAGAAGAAGAAGAUUUAGGAAAGGAUAGAAUUCAAGAAACUUGGGAACGUGGUUGGGUGAAGGAAAGGAAUAGAGGAUCUGCUGAUGAUUCUAGUGAAAAGAAAAUUCCUAGAGAGAGAAAUGAAGAGGGUUGGGAUACUCAAUUAGCAGAGAGCCUUAAAGGUCUAAAUUGGAACAUACUAGAUGUUGGAGAAGUUAGAGUUGAUGCUGAUAUUAAAGAUGGGGGCAUGAUGCUGUUAACAGCUCUAUCUCCUUAUGCCAAGUGGCUCCAUGGCAGUGCUGAUAUUAUGCUUCAGUUAAGGGGGACAGUUGAACAACCAGUCCUUGAUGGAUCUGCAUCAUUCUACAGAGCAUCAAUAUCAUCUCCUGUACUAUGGAAACCACUCACAAACUUUGGUGGCACAGUUCAUGUAAAAUCAAAUAGGUUAUGCAUCAGUUCGUUGGAAAGUAGGGUUAGUAGAAGGGGUAAACUGUUUGUGAAGGGAAACCUGCCUCUUAGGACAACUGAAGCAUCCCUUGGUGAUAAAAUAGACCUAAAAUGUGAAGUUCUGGAAGUACGUGCAAAGAAUAUUCUAAGUGCCCAGGUUGACUCUCAGAUGCAGAUAACUGGGUCCAUCUUGCAACCAAAUAUUUCUGGAAAUAUUAAGUUGAGCCAUGGAGAAGCAUAUUUACCACAUGAUAAGGGUACUGGAGCUGCCCCAAAUAGAAUGGCAUCAAACCAGUCCAGAAUUCCUGGAGAUGGUGUUAGUAGAGUAGUAAAUUCAAGUUAUGUUUCACGAUUUUUCAGUUCACAACCUGCUGCUUCAAGGACCAGAUUCCCUCAACCCUCAGUAGAAUCAUCUGAAGUUGAAAAGGAUAUGAAGGGAGUGAAUAUCAAACCAAACGUAGAUAUUCGGCUUAUCGAUUUGAAGCUUGUUCUAGGACCAGAGUUGAGAAUAGUUUAUCCAUUGAUUCUUAAUUUUGCUGUUAGUGGAGAACUUGAGUUAGAUGGCCCAGCUCAUCCCGAACGGAUACAACCUAAAGGCAUACUAACUUUUGAAAAUGGUGAUGUAAAUCUUGUUGCUACUCAGGUGAGGCUUAAGCAGGAGCAUCUAAAUAUUGCAAAAUUUGAGCCUGAGAAUGGACUAGAUCCAAAUCUCGACUUAGUUUUGGUUGGAUCUGAGUGGCAAUUCAGAAUUCAAAGUCGAGCAAGCAAUUGGCAGGAUAAAUUGGUGGUGACUUCUACACGGUCUGUGGAACAGGAUGCUCUUUCACCCAAUGAGGCUGCUAGAGUUUUUGAGAGUCAAUUGGCAGGGUCCAUCUUGGAAGGCAAUGGUCAGCUUGCAUUUCAAAAGCUUGCAACUACGACACUAGAAAAACUAAUGCCACGAAUUGAAGGGAAGGGAGAGUUUGGUCAGGCAAGGUGGAGGCUAGUAUAUGCACCACAGAUCCCUAGUUUGCUUUCUGUUGAUCCCACGGUUGAUCCUCUUAAAUCUUUAGCCAGUAAUAUCUCAUUCGGAACAGAAGUUGAAGUACAGCUUGGGAAGCGUCUUCAGGCCUCCAUUGUUAGGCAGAUGAAGGACUCGGAAAUGGCAAUGCAAUGGACCUUGAUCUACCAACUUUCAAGCCGCUUGCGUGUACUUCUACAGUCUGCCCCAUCAAAGCGCCUUAUUUUUGAAUAUUCUGCUUCGUCACAAGAUUAAUCUGCCUACUCCUGUAAGCUGUAGUUUUUUGCUUUAUGGCAGAUCAAUCUUUCUGUUCGAUGAUCCACAUUUACUAGGAAUUGAUCAGUUUUGCAUAUAUAUUUUUAAAUUUUUUUUUUUGAAAGAGAUGGAUAGGGGGGAAUUCACACAACAAAGAGAAAAAAAGAGGAAAAAUAAAAAAUAAAAAAAUGAUCCAUGUAGUUUUAUAUUUUUAUUCUUAGCUCACGAUUAAAUGAGCUUUUAUAUCCAGCUUCUCCAUUUUGUACAUAGUUCAAUAUUAAUGAAAAGAAAAUUCUCAUAUGAAUUAGAUCAA